AUGUCAUUAUCGCCACGUGGCACCUGUCCUCCCGACACAAACCUCUUCUUCACUAAAAUCUUGAAGUUAACUAAAAAAAAAACACAUCCAAGAUUUGCUUUCUCUUCUCCUCUCCUCUCCUCUCCCAUGGCUUCCUCCUCCACCACAACCACACUCUCCGACCUCCCUGACGUCAUCUUAUCCAACAUCACCGCUCUCGUCACCGACACACGAGCUCGCAACUCCCUCUCCCUCGUCUCCCGAAAAUUCCUCGCCCUCGAGAGAUCAACGCGCUCUCACCUCACUCUCCGCGGCAACGCGCGUGAUCUCCACCUCCUCCCCGGCUGUUUCAGAUCCAUCUCUCACCUCGAUCUCUCCUUCCUCUCCCCGUGGGGCCACUCUCUCCUCUCCUCUCUCCCCAUUGAUCACCAAAACCUCCUCGCUCUCCGUCUCCGCCUCUGCUUCCCCUCCGUCUCCUCCCUCUCCGUCUACGCACGCUCCCCCUCCUCCCUCGAGCUUCUCCUCCCUCAGUGGCCGAGGAUUCGCCACGUCAAGCUCGUACGCUGGCACCAGAGAGCUUCUGAGAUCCCUCUAGGCGGCGACUUCGUAUCCAUCUUCGAGCACUGUGGCGGCUUCCUCGAGUCUUUAGAUCUCUCUGAUUUUUACCACUGGACGGAAGACUUACCUCCCGUUCUCCUCCGUUACGCUGACGUGGCGGGUAAGCUUACUCGUUUGAAUCUAUUAACGGCGUCGUUUAACGAAGGGUACAAGUCUAGUGAGAUAGUUGAUAUCACUAAAGCUUGUCCUAAUCUCAGAGACUUCCGUGUAGCUUGCACUUUUGAUUCACGUUACUUCGAGUUUGUAGGUGACGAGACUCUCUCCGCUGUGUCAACCAACUGUCCUAAACUAAAAGUUCUCCACAUGGUUGACACGGUGGCGGCACUAACGAGUCCUAGAGCGGUUCCAGGUAACGAUGGUGGAGACUCAGCUGUCACGGUGGGGACAUUAGUUGAGGUUUUCUCAGGUUUACCGUGUCUUGAGGAGCUUGUGCUUGACGUAGGGAAGAACGUGAAGCAGAGUGGUGUGGCGUUAGAGGCAUUGAACUCGAAGUGCAAGAAGUUGAGAGCUUUGAAGUUAGGACAGUUCCAAAGUGUUUGCUCUGCUACAGAGUGGCGGCUUGACGGUGUAGCGUUAUGCGGAGGGUUACAGUGUUUGUCGAUUAAAAACUCUUGUGAUUUGAGUGAUAUGGGUUUGGUGGCUAUAGGGAGAGGUUGUUGUAAGCUGAGUAAGUUUGAGAUUCAAGGGUGUGAGAAUGUGACAGUGAAGGGAAUAAGGAGUAUGGUUACUCUUCUGAGGAAGACUUUGACUGAUGUUAGAAUCUCUUGCUGUAAGAAUCUAGAUGCAGCAGCUUCUUUAAAGGCUGUUGAGCCUAUCUAUGAUCGGAUCAAGAAACUGCAUGUUGAUUGUGUGUGGUCUAGUUUAGAGGAGGAAGGAGGUGUGGAGGAGACUAACCAUGAUGAUGAUGAUGAUGAUAACUACGAGAGGAGUCAGAAGAGGUGCAAGUAUUCAUCGGAGGAAGAAGUGAAUGGGUUCUGUUCUGAAGACAGAGUGUGGGAGAAGCUAGAGUAUCUGUCUCUAUGGAUCAAUGUUGGUGAGUUUCUAACACCAUUACCUAUGACAGGACUAGAAGACUGUCCAAACUUGGAAGAGAUUAGGAUCAAGAUAGAAGGAGACUGCAGAGGCAAACGCAAGCCAUCUGAGCCGGAGCUAGGCUUAAGCUGUCUUGCUCUUUAUCCAAAGCUUUCCAAGAUGCAACUAGACUGCGGUGACACAAUCGGUUACGCGUUAACCGCACCUCCCAUGCAGAUGGAUCUAAGCUUGUGGGAAAGGUUCUUCUUGACUGGAAUUGGUAACUUGAGCUUGAGCGAGCUAGAUUAUUGGCCGCCACAGGAUAGAGAUGUUAACCAGAGGAGUCUUUCGCUUCCUGGUGCAGGUCUGUUACAAGAAUGCUUAACUCUGAGGAAACUUUUCAUCCACGGAACAGCUCAUGAGCAUUUCAUGAAUUUUUUGUUGAGGAUCCCUAACUUAAGGGAUGUGCAGCUUAGAGAAGACUAUUAUCCAGCGCCUGAGAAUGAUAUGAGUACAGAGAUGAGAGUUGGUUCUUGUAGUAGAUUUGAGGAUCAGUUGAACAGCCGUGACAUCAUUGACUGA